AUGGAGAUUUUAUCUACGACCGGGUUCAUUAAAGCAAGAAUUGCGAAUAGUCAUUUAUGGCGAGCCUCCUCAAGAAACGACUCUCCUUUUGCUUGCUUAAUCAUUUUCACUUCUCCUAGUAACAUUCACGAGGCUGUGGUGGCUGAAAAAGCUCCUACAGUAUUGGGACCGUAUUCUCAGGCCAUCAAGGCCAAUAAUCUUCUAUUUGUCUCUGGUGUUCUCGGUCUUAUUCCAGAGACUGGAAAGUUCAUCUCAGACACUGUAGAAGAUCAAACCGAGCAUGUACUAAAAAAUAUUGGUGAAAUAUUGAAAGAUGGUGGUGCUGACUAUUCCUUGGUGGUUAAGAAAACAAUUAUGCUAGCUGACUUGAAAGACUUCAAAAAAGAAAUUGAGAUCUAUGCAAAAUCCUUCUUUGCAUCUUCUGAAAUACAAGUUGUAGAAGCACUGGAAGCUUGGAUAUGGUAUCUGGCUACUGUUUGA